ACUCAUUUCGAUCUCAUUCUCUCACUCCCACCAUUUCCUCUUGUUGUUCUCAUUGGAUCAGCAACAUGAAAGACCCGUCCUUCUUUCUCCUCAAGAACUCUCUGGGAGCCAAGAUGAAGAAGGGCUUGAGAAGCUUCUGCAAUGGGGUUGGUUCGGCAUCGACGCUCAACCAAAACAAGGUUGAAUGUGAUUCGUCCUGCUGCAUGGUAACCCCAUCCAUUGUUAGCAGCUCUGCCUUGUGGGAGGGCACUAAUUUGGAGGAUAACCCAUUAACCCUGGAGGAGAUGAUCAUGCAGCUUGAGUUGGAGGAGGAAGUUACAAGGAAGGCAAAGCUUGAUGGCUUUGACGUGUAUCGGCAGCAGCAGCAGCGGCAGCGGCGUAGAAUGUCAUGUGUUAACAACUCCGAUAUUCUACGUUCUGCAAGGAAUGCAUUGAAUCAGUAUCCUCGCUUCUCUGUGGAUGGGAGGGAUGCCAUGUAUCGAUCUUCAUUCCAGAACUUGAACUUGAACUUGAACUUGGAUCCUUACGCUACGGGUAGCCACAAAGGCGGGAGGAGAAAUUCAGUCUGUGGUAGCAAUGGUAUUAGACUCAGAGAGAAGAAGCCCUUUAAGGAUGGUUUUGGAUUAGAUUUGGAGAGAACUCGGGGGGGGUUACCCCAAACUAUAGAUGGAGAAAGCGUGCUUUGGUGCAGACCAGGUGUGGUAGCCAAGUUGAUGGGGCUGGAGGCCAUGCCAAUCCCGAUUGGUAGUGACAACCGCAGCCGGAAAGAGAAAUUAAAUCCGAAUUGUUCCACCGUUCGUAGGAGGGCUGAAAGAAAAGGAUUAGAGAAGAGAAGGGUUGUUAUUGGUACUACCAAUACCAAUACCACUACCACUACCAAUGAUGGUUGUUGCAGGAGGUUUGGGAGCCUGACAGCGUUGUCAGGCUCAGGCUCAAAUACGCUUGUGGGUUCGGGUUCGGGUUCGGUUUCAACCACUGGUGGUUACUGUGUGACGAAGCCGAUUGCCGUGGAGCCCACGAGGAGGGCCGGAAGGGGUUGGGAGGCUCUAUUGUAGAGAUGUAUUAGUAUUUAAUUAAUAUAGUAUAGUUGGCAUCUGCUUCAAUGGGUUAAAUGAGUAAUAUUGUG